AUGCCUCCUCAGCAGCAGCAGCAGCAGCAGCUUCUGCCUUUGAACUUGCCUCCCCCUCCUUCCGCCAUUUGUUGGAACUUGGCCCAGAUAAAUUUUGAUAGCAUCGAGAACGAGCCGCUCUGCAAAUUGCCGCAGCCGCGAGUCAUCCGGAUGAACAUCGAGACUUCGAAGACAUAUCGGCCGCAUGUCGCGGUGCUGCAUCGUUGCGAUGAGAACAGCAGCUGCUGCCCCAUGACGAUGGUGUGGGUGGCCAAGAACACGACGACCGUGGAGAAGGUAUUCCGGGUGUUCUUUUUGGGCAAUGGGAAUGGCCAGCCCACGAUAGUAUCGCUGACCAAUCACACCGAAUGCCACUGCAUCAGUCGGGCCGCCCAGCGGCGCAAGCGCAGCUCCCAGUGCCAGUGCCCCAAGCACUUCAUCAACUUUGGCGUGCAACAGGGUGGCGCCCCGACCAGCUGCCGCUGCGACUGCCACCUGAGCAACACGACCUGCCAGCGCAUGAAGAACGGCGACGAGGGAUUCGCCGUGUCCGAGCUCAAAUGCAUCCGCAGCAACGCGUGCAGUCCGCCCGUCUGCAACUACGGCCUCUUCAAUACAAAAAUCGGACGCUGUCCGCGCCAGCUGGGCUUCGGCUAAGCCCCACGCCCCCCCCGGUGGCAGCUGCUGUCCUUCAGUCCAGCAAACCAGAACUGUGUAUACAUUUAACUAUUACCACGUACAUACAUACAUAUACUACCUAAAUGCACAACACAAUCAAACAUCGUCCAUUGUGCGGUACAGCGGGCAGUUCAUCUAGCCAGAAGCAAUCCAAAUCUCAUAAUAUACUUACAUGGCACAAGGUGCUCCGGUUCAGGUUUUCAUAUUCAAUGUUUUUCCAAAGCUUUUGAAAAUCUGCCAAAAGAUACAAAAUUAAACAAAAUUAGUAUGCUUUCGAAAAAGGAAAUAUACAAGAAAAAUUUAGAUUUAAGGAUACUUUUUGAAAAAGAGAU